AUGAUGAUGUCCACUUCUAUUUAUCACAAGGACCCAACAAGGGGGAGGUUCUUUAGCUGCUGUUUCCUUUCUACUAUUGCUAUGCUUUCUGCAGUUUUCUUCUUUGGGAGCCAGUGUGUUCUCACUGAUUAUAAAGAGAAGUUUUUAGAAUGGGGAUUGGUUGAUGCUAUGCAAUAUACAAUAUCCAAGAACUGUGAGACUCACUGCAGGCCUGAUGGAACUGAGGCACUACCAAAAGGGAUUGUUUCCAAGACCUCUGACUUGCUAAUGCAACCAUUAUGGGGACCCCGAAAUAAAAAGAACUCAAAGUCAUCUACAAACUUAUUGGCCAUUGCAGUUGGAAUAAAGCAAAAGGAAAGUGUGAACAAGAUUGUAAAGAAGUUCCUCUUAAGUGAUUUUGUUGUGAUGCUUUUUCAUUAUGAUGGUCGCGUAAAUGAGUGGAGGGAUUUGGAAUGGAGUGGUCGUGCCAUACAUGUGUCUGCUAUGAAUCAAACCAAGUGGUGGUAUGCAAAGCGUUUCCUACAUCCUGAUAUUGUUUCUGAAUAUGCAUUCCUCUUCCUCUGGGAUGAGGACCUUGGAAUUGAAAAUUUCAAUGUUGGAAGAUACUUAUCAAUUAUUAGAAAAGAGGGGCUUGAGAUAUCACAGCCAGCACUUGAUCCUGAGAACUCAGAGGUCCAUCAUGAUCUUACAGCAAGAGACAACAGAACAGAAGUACACAGGAAGAUAAACAAGUUAAUUGGUGGUGGAAGGAGGUGUGAUCAAAACAGCACGGAUCCGCCAUGCACAGGGUUUGUAGAAAUGAUGGCUCCUGUUUUUUCAAGAGCAUCCUGGCGCUGUGUGUGGCAUAUGAUUCAGAAUGACUUAGUUCAUGCAUGGGGCUUGGAUUUCCAGCUUGGUUAUUGUGCACAGGGUGAUCGAACGAAAAAUAUCGGAAUCGUUGAUUCUGAGUACAUUGUUCAUUAUGGUCUUCCUACACUGGGGGGUUUGGCACCAAACAAGACAAAUGCAGAAGCACCUGAUCAAGCUGCUAAAACUAUAAGCUUGCCUAGUUCAGAACAACCGGCAUCGACAUCAUCAUCUCCAUCGGACCCUAGAACUGAGGUAAGGAAGCUAUCCUUUGUUGAACUGGAAAUUUUCAAGAACAGAUGGAAAAAGGCAGUUAGAGAAGAUAAUUGCUGGGAUCCAUACCAAAAGACACCACAACAGAGUAAAAACUAG